CGGGGCGGGACACAGACAGUUGCUGGGUCCGUUCCGGGCCCGAACCCGAACGCGGGGCCCGCCUGUGCCGAGAGGCCAGGCCGAAGCUGGCAGCGGGAGCUGGUCCUUUACCCUCCCCAAAGGGGAGGAUUACUCCACGGCCAUCCUGCGCCAGAAGCGUCGGCCCAACCGGCUCCUCGUGGAUGAGGCAGUGAAUGAGGACAACAGCAUUGUCAGCCUGUCACAGACCAAGAUGGAGGAGCUGCACUUGUUCCGGGGUGACACAGUGCUGCUGAAGGGCAAGAAGCGCCGGGAGACGGUCUGCAUCGUCCUUACCGACGACUCCUGCCACAGCGAGAAGAUCCGCAUGAACCGCGUUACCCGCAACAACCUCCGUGUGCGCUUGGGCGACGUGGUGAGCAUCCAGGCCUGCCCGGAUGUGAAGUACGGGAAGCGGAUCCACGUGCUGCCCAUUGACGACACCAUCGUCGGCCUGGCCGGGAACCUCUUUGACGUGUACCUGAAGCCCUACUUCCUGGAGGCCUAUCGGCCUGUGCACAAAGGUGACAUCUUCCUGGUGCGCGGCGGGAUGCGGGCCGUGGAGUUCAAGGUGGUGGAGGUGGAUCCGAGCCCCCACUGCAUCGUGGCCCCCGACACCGUCAUCCACUGCGAGGGGGAGCCCAUCAAGAGAGAGGACGAGGAGGAGAGCCUGAACGACGUGGGCUAUGACGACAUCGGGGGCUGCCGGAAGCAGAUGGCUCAGAUCAAGGAGAUGGUGGAGCUGCCCCUGCGCCACCCAGGGCUCUUCAAAGCCAUUGGCGUCAAGCCGCCCCGAGGCAUCCUGCUGUACGGCCCCCCCGGUACCGGGAAAACGCUGGUGGCCCGAGCUGUGGCCAACGAAACAGGAGCCUUCUUCUUCCUCAUCAACGGUCCGGAGAUCAUGAGCAAGCUGGCGGGUGAGUCAGAGAGCAACCUGCGCAAAGCCUUUGAGGAGGCCGAGAAGAACGCGCCGGCCAUCAUCUUCAUCGAUGAGCUGGACGCCAUUGCCCCCAAGAGGGAGAAGACACACGGCGAGGUAGAGCGCAGGAUCGUGUCCCAGCUGCUGACGCUCAUGGACGGCCUGAAGCAGCGCUCCCAUGUCAUCGUCAUGGCUGCCACCAACCGGCCCAACAGCGUCGACCCCGCCCUGCGCAGGUUUGGGCGCUUUGACCGUGAGAUCGACAUCGGGAUCCCGGACUCAGUCGGGCGGCUGGAGAUCCUGCAGAUCCACACCAAGAACAUGAAGCUGGCCGAGGACGUGGAUCUGGAGCGGGUGGCCAGGGAGACGCACGGGCACGUGGGCGCGGACCUGGCGGCGCUGUGCUCCGAGGCCGCGCUCCAGGCCAUCCGCAAGAAGAUGAACAUCAUCGAUCUGGAGGACGACACUAUCGACGCCGACAUCCUCAACGCCAUGGCCGUCACCAUGGAUGACUUCCAGUGGGCUCUCAGCCAGAGCAACCCGUCGGCGCUGCGGGAGACGGUGGUGGAGGUGCCCCAGGUCUGCUGGGAAGACAUCGGGGGGCUGCAGGAGGUGAAGCGAGAGCUGCAGGAGCUGGUGCAGUUCCCGGUGGAGUACCCGGACAAGUUCCUGAAGUUCGGCAUGACGCCGUCACGGGGCGUGCUCUUCUACGGGCCGCCCGGCUGCGGCAAGACCCUGCUGGCCAAGGCCAUCGCCAACGAGUGCCAGGCCAACUUCGUCUCCAUCAAGGGCCCCGAGCUGCUCACCAUGUGGUUCGGGGAGUCCGAGGCCAACGUGCGCGACGUCUUCGACAAGGCUCGCCAGGCCGCCCCCUGCAUCCUGUUCUUCGACGAGCUGGACUCCAUCGCCAAGGCGCGGGGCGGCGGCGCGGGGGACGGCGGGGGGGCGGCCGACCGCGUCAUCAACCAGAUCCUCACCGAGAUGGACGGCAUGACCAACAAGAAAACCGUCUUCAUCAUCGGGGCCACCAACAGGCCAGACAUCAUCGACCCGGCCAUCCUGCGCCCCGGGCGGCUGGACCAGCUCAUCUACAUCCCACUGCCUGACGACACCUCCCGCGUGGCGAUCCUGAGCGCCAACCUGCGCAAGUCGCCUGUGGCCCGGGAUGUGGACCUGAACUACCUGGCCAAGAUCACCCACGGGUUCUCGGGCGCUGACCUCACUGAGAUCUGCCAGCGCGCCUGCAAGCUCGCCAUCCGCGAGGCCAUCGAGAUGGAGAUCAAGAUGGAGCGGGAACGGCAGAGCCACCCGGAUGCCGUCAUGGACGACGACUAUGACCCGGUGCCCGAGAUCCGGCGGGAUCACUUCGAAGAGGCCAUGCGCUUCGCCCGCCGCUCCGUCAGCGACAACGACAUCCGCAAGUACGAGAUGUUCGCCCAGACGCUGCAGCAGAGCCGCGGCUUCGGCAACUUCAGGUUCCCGGCUGGGAAGCCGAGCGGGGACGGAGGGGCCGAUCGCGCAGGUGGCUCCCGGCAGGGCGACAACGGCCGGGGCGGCCUCUUCCAAGAGGAGGGGGAUGAUGACCUCUACAACUGAUGGGCGGGAUCACUGGCCCCACCCCCUAUGCCAAAGCAUCAGCUCCGCCCCUUGUGCCAGACAUCCCUGCCCCUCGCACCAAGGCAUCUUGUACCGAAGCCUCGGCUCUGCCCCUUGCACCAGAAAGCUCUGCCUUCCCAACCAGACAGGUCCGCCCCCUGCCUCAAAGAGCUCCGCCUCUGCAACUGGAAAGCCCCGCCCCUCGCUCCAGAGAGCUCCGCCUUUGCAUCCGGAAAGCCCCGCCCCUCGCUCCAGAGAGCUCCACCUCUGCAACUGGAAAGCCCCGCCCCUCGCUCCAGAGAGCUCCGCCUUUGCAUCCGGAAAGCCCCGCCCCUUGCUCCAGAGAGCUUGGCCUUUGCAACCGGAAAGCCCCGCCCCUCUCUCCAGAGAGCUCCGCCUUUGCAACCGGAAAGCCCCACCCCUCGCUCCAGAGAGCUCCGCCUUUCCAACUGGAAAGCCCCGCCCCUUGCUCCAGAGAGCUCCGCCUUUCCACCUGGAAAGCCCCGCCCCCCCCUUGCACCAGGGAGCUCUUCCCAAGCAGGCAGCCCUGCUCCCGUGCCAGCUGCAAUUCCCCGCAUGCCCCAGUUGCUCUUGGUUGUAUUCUUUUGUGUGGUAACAAACCCAGGUCUCCCAGCCCCCACCCCAGAUCACAGGACCCCGGCGUCCUGUGGAGUCCCGUGAGUGUGGAGAAAGACCCCACCUCUGUGUCCCUCACAGCAGCCUCCCGCUCGGGAUUACAGCUCUGCCCAGCCAUGUGGCUCCUCCUGCUGGCAGCCGCCCCCAGGCCUGGGCUUAUCCUGCGGGCUGUGAUACUGAGUGUGCCAGCCCCGGGGGAGAGACAACCCCCUGGGUUGCCUUGGCACCUGGGCACCAUCCUGCCUCUGAGGGCACCCACACCCCACCCAGCGCCUCGCCUCCCUCCCCCAGAGCUGGCGACAUGCGCAAGGGCCGAAGGGCCCUAGUUUGGGGCGAGAGGCUGUGGGAUGUCCCAGAUCCCCCCCCUCCCCCGCAGGAGCCAGCCGCAUGCGUGUGCCCAGCACAAUCUGUAAGGGCUGGACACUAGUAAAGAUCUGGAUUGUG